CCGGACCUAGCUCGCGGACUCCCUCGGGACCCCCGCGGUGCGAAAGCCGCCCCUCGCUGCGCCCCUCUGCCCCGGAGCCAAGGCGCCCCACCUAGGGCAGGAAGGCAGGAUGCCCCAGAACGUGGUCCUCCCGGGCCCUGCUCCCUGGGGCUUCAGACUCUCGGGGGGCAUAGACUUCAACCAGCCUUUGGUCAUCACUAGGAUUACUCCAGGAAGCAAGGCGGCGGCGGCCAACCUGUGUCCUGGAGACGUGAUCCUGGCUAUCGAUGGCUUUGGUACAGAGUCCAUGACUCAUGCUGAUGCACAGGACAGGAUUAAAGCAGCCGCACACCAGCUGUGUCUCAAGAUUGACAGGGCAGAAACUCGCUUGUGGUCCCCACAGGUAUCUGAAGAAGGGAAAGCUCAUCCUUUCAAAAUCAACUUAGAGUCAGAACCACAGGAUGUGAACUACUUUGAACACAAGCACAAUAUUCGGCCCAAACCUUUCAUAAUCCCAGGCCGAAGCAGUGGAUGCAGCACGCCCUCCGGUAUUGAUGGUGGCAGUGGACGUAGCACCCCUUCUUCUGUCAGUACUCUUAGUACAAUUUGUCCAGGUGACUUGAAAGUUGCUGCUAAGAUGGCCCCUAACAUUCCUUUGGAAAUGGAACUUCCCGGUGUGAAGAUUGUACAUGCUCAGUUUAAUACGCCUAUGCAGUUGUACUCAGAUGACAAUAUUAUGGAAACACUUCAGGGUCAGGUUUCAACAGCUCUAGGGGAAACUCCCUCAAUGAGUGAACCUGUGGCCUCAGCACCCCCUCAAUCAGAUGUGUACCGGAUGCUCCAUGACAAUCGGGAUGAACCUGCUCAGCCUCGCCAGUCAGGCUCCUUCCGGGUGCUCCAGGAACUGGUGAAUGAGGAUGACCGUCCAGCGGGGACUCGCAGUGUGAAGGCUCCUGUAACCAAACUCCAUGGUGGAGCCGGUGGCGGCGCUCCAAGGAUGCCACUCUGUGACAAAUGUGGAAGCGGCAUUGUGGGCGCCGUGGUGAAGGCGCGGGAUAAGUACCGGCAUCCCGAGUGCUUCGUGUGCGCCGACUGCAACCUCAACCUCAAGCAGAAGGGCUACUUCUUCGUGGAGGGCGAGCUGUACUGUGAGACUCACGCCAGAGCCCGAACAAGGCCCCCAGAGGGCUACGACACGGUCACCCUGUACCCCAAAGCUUAGAUCCUCUGCAGGAGCGAGCUCGCACGCACGCACGCACGCAGGCACACACGCACGCACGCAUGCAUGCACGUUUACAUGAGAAAGGUGUGAGUGGCUCCUGACGGGGGAAUGGCAAGCUGUGGACGCCGACUCUACAGCCACGGCUUUUAGACAUUCAUUUAUCAUGCUGUGUCCCAAGGAAAAGAAAUGGAAGGCAAAUGUCUGCUCUCUAACGAAAGCGUGUUUAACUAUGUGUUGCAACUGCUUUUAUCUUUGGUGAUAGCAAUAAUGACAUUUAAAGCAAUAAUUUGUGUAUGUCAUAUGCCACAAUUGACAUUAGUAGGGUGACCAACCAACGUGUAAACAUCAAGAUAUCAGAGGGAUUCCAUUGUUGUUCUGUGAGAAAUUGAUUUUUACAAUUGUAGAUAUACGAUACCAAAUAUAAUCUUGUAUUCUGGCAUAUUUUAACUACUAUAAUGCAUGUCAGGGAGAAAUUCACAGGAUUUCUCUAGGCUCUUAUCCAAGCAACUGUAUGCAAAAACAUGUAAUAAAUACAUGAAACAUUUUUAAAAUAUGUAA